AUGCCCUCAUUCCCGACAACUCCCCUGGUUCGGACCAGGGAUGAUGGCCUUCAGAUCAGCUACCCGCUCCCCCAUCGUAUUCACACUGCCAAGGGCUACCCACUUCGAGCUCCGAAUGGAUCAUCGAUCAUUAUCUAUGGCUACGACACUGGCUUGAAAGUAGUUUGGCGAGGUGGAAGACGCUUCUCAGAACUCAAGACAAAAGCACCCGAAGGGCGAUCGAAAGGCGCCGAAAAGCAUGCAGACGACUCAGUCAUGAUCCUUGACUCCGAUGAAGAUGAAGAACCUGAGCCAGUACAGGAGGAGCCCAGCGUCGAAUUUGGUACUGAGGAAAGCGAAGUUGACCCCGCGGCUCCGUACGAAGAGAUUCUGCGACAAAUCGAUAUUCCCCUUGGAAGCCGAGUGCUAGAUCUGGCAGUACCUCGCGUCCUCCCUGAAGAAGCGCGAUCUCCCCUCGAUCCCUUCCCACCUAUCUUGAGGUCAACCAUUGUUGUUUCUGUCGUAUGCUCAGACCUAUCGACCAAGGUCGUGACCCUGCCAAUCAUUCCUCCACACCCUGCACAGACCGACUCCAAGAGCUGGAAGAUUCAAACUAUCACUGUUACCGGGACUGUGACGCACCAAGAUAUCCCCCGUGGUGUAUCUCUCACCUUCACCUGCCAUGAAUUUGAGGAGGAACAAGACCAGCGGAAAUCGCGGGGUCGCUUUGGAACCUACGGGAAAUGGGAUCUGCUCGUGGCUACCCAUUCUGCGGAGGGCUGUGGCUCCCUUUUGUUGCACCGUAUUCCUAUCCGCGAAACUUCAGGAUCAUAUCGUCUCUUGGACGAGGAAAUCAUUUCCCAACGACGACUCCUACCCGCGCCCGCGCAGACGAUUUCCUUCAAUCCCUCAGCAUGGCCGUCUGUCCGUCAUGCUAACCUGCUUGUUGCAUUCCACAGUGGGUGUGUUAAAAUCUACUCGUGCUUCUCUGUCAAGAAGGCCUCAAAAUCUGCCCGGCGAGCUUCGCUGCCACAAGAAGAGUACGACAUUAUCGAUACAGAGGGUCGGUGGUUGAUCACCCUUCAUCCCGGAUUUGAGCAAGGUCCCACUGGUAUUCCUCGACGAAAGACAAUUGUUGAUGCAGAGUGGGUUCUAGGCGGUCAAGCAGUGAUCGUACUCCUUGAGGAUGGCGAAUGGGGUAUAUGGGACAUUGAAGGUGCUGGUCCUGGCGCCGCAAAGGGUCCUCUCCAUCGUCAAGCGAGCAUUCAGGGUGUCACUGGCGGCUCCUUGACUACAUACGCAGUCUGCGGCCGCAUCAUGACACCGCCCUCCACCAGCAGCUCUGAGGUGGAGCAGCGACCCCGAUUCGCCCCCAUGACUCCUUCCACAAGACGUGUUCGAGAAGAUGGUUUGCUCAAGGGCUCUCUGAACACAGCCAGUCCGUCUCACCGUGGUCAGAUCUCGGUGUUGCAGACCAAUCCUUCGUCGGAUGUCCUACCCGAUGAGUCAAUUCUACUUCGUCACGGCCGUCAGAGCGCUGUAAUUACGAGCUUAUUGUCUUUGUGGCGGAAUGCUGUGAAGACUACAGGCACUUUUGAUUCUUCCAACCGCUGCAGACUAUCUCCCUUCCAAGACGUGAAUCUGAUGGGACAGAACUUCCAGGCAAUUGGCCAUUUGCCGGCACCAGCACGCUGCUCUCGGGCAACUGAAAGGCAAACAUUUGAUGUGCUGGUGGCAGCAGAGCAUCAGCUAACGAUCCUUGCCCCAAGAUUAAAGGAGUCUGAUCUCGAAGAGAAUCAAAACGCCGUGAAGCAAGAAGAUACCGACGAAACCGAUCAACUCAUGCUCCAACGUGGCGAGCUUGACGUGGAGGGAAUGGGUCGUCUACUCAAUGGCAUGGCCAACGGAAGUGGAAAUGUGCCUUUGCGCAUGGGCAGUCCGGUGAAACGGACUCGUACCUUCGUCUGA